AUGUCGUCCAAAGAGUUCAUCGUCAAACACAUGAAUGCCGACCACCAAGAUUCCCUCAUACUAUUCCUACAAGCUUACUGCGGUAUCACCUCCACCCAAGCCAAAAAUGCCCAACUGGAAGAAAUCAGCACCUCAAACCUGAUCAUCACCGCGAAUGGGACUCGCUACAGCGUCCCCAUCGAGCCCGAGAUGAAAAACUACUCGGAGGCACGCGGCCGAAUGGUCGCCAUGCACAAGGACAGUCUAAAGCGUCUGGGCCGCAGUGAGGUCACACUCACAGAGUACCGUGCCCCGCGCGGUAUCCACGCCGUGAUCUUUGGGCUGUGUUUCCUUCUCUACGUCACCUGCUUCCUGCGCAGCAGCCUGCAACCCGGCUCGGCUCUCUACGAGUACUUGGGACUCCAGCGUGUGCCGUGGCUUCCGCGUUUCGUCUACGUUAUCCAGCCAUAUGUUGUCGCUAUUCAUGUCUUCGAGACCACGGCGCUGGCUGUCACUAUGUUGAAGCCGCUGAAUGUGCCCGUUCUGUCGGGUUUGUGGUGGAAGUGGAUGGCAUCAUGUUCUGUCGAGGGAUACGGUUCGUUCGCGCGCAUUAAGGAUAUUGUGAAGGAGCAGAAGGCGAAAAAUGGCAAGAGCCAGUAG